CAUUGGGUCUCUGGAAAGGUCUGGCGUGCGUCUGAGAACAGGGCUGCAUGUGAUUGUAUCCACUUCCUGUGACUCCAGCUGGCGUGCUAGGACUUUGCAUGCACUUAAAUGUGGUUAAUCUGGCGACGGAUGAGCAGUCACUUGAGACAGGGCUCUAAGCUUUGCACAGGUUGUGCUUGCUAUGGUUCCACUUGCAUGGACUCGCUUUUUUGUGACAGUACAUUCCCCAAAGCCGGCUUGGGGCAGCUCUGCUGGAAAGCCUGCCUUGCAAAUCCUACUAUAUCACCUGGAAGCGCUUCCCCUCUUCCCUUUCUAGAGUUAUGUGAGCGGGGCCGCUCAUCCCCAGCUUCAUCUCCCUUCAGGUUGCCUGGAGUCCCAGUUUGGCCUCUCAGCUUCCUGGCUCCGGGUUCAAGUCACCUCUCUACACCAUGCCUCGGUGUGGUGUGCCAGUCUGUCAACUAGAGCUAAUAUUGCCCCACAUCUCAGGCUGGUUGCCUGAUGUCUGGAAUGCUUAGCUCACCUCAGCUACUACUAAAGUUGUUACUUUAUGAAAUCUGCUCUAUGGGGUUUGUGCAAAGUGGGAAUUGUGUCUAUGAGCACAAUACUCUGUGUGUCCUACCUGAGGCAGCCUGGGACAGAUUAUGCUCUUUGACCUCUCUCUCUGUCACUCCAGACUCAAGACCUCCCUGCCUGCUUUGUAAUGGUGGCCGUCAAGACUACUGUCUUGAACAUGCUAGGCAAAGAUUCUACCUUAGAGCCCCCAACCUGCUGGCUUCUCAACUCUCGGUUACUGACAGGGAAUGUGUAUGUUCUGGGGUCUCUGUGCAGACAUGUCCCACAGUGAAGCCAGGCAUGCUCAACGUGCACCUGUUGCCUCAUACACAUGAUGAUGUAGGCUGGCUGAAGACAGUGGACCAGUACUAUUAUGGCAGCCUAAAUGAUAUUCAGCAUGCAUCUGUUCAGUAUAUCCUAGACUCGGUAAUCCCCUCUCUACUGGAGGAUCCCACCCGACGCUUCAUCUACGUGGAGAUGGCUUUCUUUUCCCGUUGGUGGAAGCAGCAGACAAAUGCAAAACAGGAUAUCGUACGGAAAUUGGUGCGCCAGGGGCGUCUGGAGUUUGUCAAUGGUGGCUGGGUGAUGAAUGAUGAGGGAGCCACCCACUAUGGUGCUAUUGUGGACCAGAUGACACUUGGGCUACGCUUCCUGCAAGACACGUUCGGUAGCAAUGGCCGUCCACGUGUAGCCUGGCAUAUUGACCCUUUCGGCCACUCUCGAGAACAGGCCUCUCUGUUUGCCCAGAUGGGUUUUGAUGGCUUCUUCCUUGGGCGCAUUGACUAUCAAGAUAAAUUUUUUCGGAAGAAGGAACUGAAGAUGGAGGAGGUGUGGAGGGCCAGUGCCAGCUUGAAGCCCCCAAUUGCUGACCUCUUUACUGGUGUGCUCCCCAAUAAUUACGACCCUCCGAAGAACCUGUGCUGGGAUGUGCUAUGUGAAGACAAUCCCAUAGUGGAGGAUCCUGAAAGUCCUGAGUACAAUGCAGUUGCUUUGGUCAGUGACUUCCUGCAGCUGGCCUCUUUACAGCAACAGUAUUACCGAACCAACCACACUGUGAUGACCAUGGGUUCAGACUUCCACUAUGAGAAUGCCAACAUGUGGUUCAAGAACAUGGACAAGCUUAUCCGCCUGGUCAACGAGCAGCAGGCAGAGGGGAGCAAGGUCCAUGUUCUCUACUCCACCCCUACGUGUUACCUCUGGGAGCUGAACAAGGCCAAUCUAACCUGGUCUGUGAAGGAAGAUGACUUCUUUCCUUAUGCUGACGGCCCCCACAUGUUCUGGACCGGCUAUUUUUCUAGCAGACCGGCCCUCAAACGCUAUGAGCGCCUCAGCUACAACUUCCUUCAGGUGUGCAACCAGCUGGAGGCACUGGCCGGUCCCGCAGCCAACGUGGGACCCUAUGGCACAGGAGACAGUGCACCCCUUAAGGAGGCAAUGGCUGUGCUCCAGCACCACGAUGCGGUCACUGGUACUGCAAGGCAGAACGUUGUAAAUGACUAUGCAAGGCAGCUGGCAGCAGGCUGGAGACCCUGUGAGGUUUUGGUGAGCAACGCUCUGGCGCGGCUCAGCUUCUACAAACAGAACUUCUCAUUCUGCCGCGAGCUCAACAUCAGCAUCUGCCCAGUCAGCCAGAACUCUGACCAAUUCCAGAUAACUGUUUACAACCCCCUGGGCCGGAAGGUGCAUCAGAUGGUCCGACUGCCAGUCAGUGAAGGCAUCUUCUUUGUGGAGGACCCUAAUGGAAAGACUGUGCCCAGUAAUGUGGUGAUGCUUCCCAGCUCCUACAGUAAGAAGUACCGAUGGGAGCUGGUGUUCUCAGCCUCAGUGCCUGCCCUGGGCUUCAGCAUCUACUCUGUGGUCAAGGUGACUGUCCAUAACUCCCAGGCCCAGAGCCUUCAGGCCAGCCCCAGGAGACCCAGGUCCUAUGUCUUGGCCAUUGAAAAUGAGUACAUCCGGGCUACAUUUGACUCUGAAACAGGGUUAUUGAUGAAGAUUGAAAACAUGGAACAGAACCUCUCACUCCCUGUGAGCCAAGGCUUCUUUUGGUACAAAGCCAGCACUGGUGAUGAGGAGAGCACUCAGGCCUCUGGUGCCUACAUCUUCAGACCCAGCCAUCCUAAACCACUGCCUGUAAGCCGCUGGGCUCGGAUCCAUCAGGUGAAGACAGCCUUGGUGCAGGAGGUACACCAGAAUUUUUCAGCCUGGUGUUCUCAAGUGGUUCGCCUGUACCCAGGACAGCGUCACUUGGAGCUGGAGUGGACGGUGGGACCAAUCCCAGUGAGAGAUAACUUGGGGAAGGAGGUCAUCAGCCGCUUUAACACCCCGAUGAAAACAAAUGGACAGUUCUACACAGACAGCAACGGCAGGGAAAUCCUGAAGAGGAGACGUGAUCAUCGACCCACUUGGAGAUUAAAUCAGACUGAACCGGUAGCUGGAAAUUACUAUCCUGUCAACACUCGAAUCUACAUCUCGGAUGGGCACAUGCAGCUGACCGUGGUGACCGACCGCUCCCAGGGGGGCAGCAGUCUGAAGGAUGGCUCACUGGAGCUCAUGGUGCACAGAAGGCUGUUGGUAGAUGAUCAGCGUGGACUCCUGGAGCCCCUCAUGGACUCAGGGACCGGGAAAAUUGUGAGAGGGCGCCACCUUGUGCUUUUGAGUUCUGUUACUGAUGCAGCUGAAAGGCACCGCCUGCUGGUGGAGAAGGAGGUCCUGUCCCCUCAGGUGGUGCUGGCUCAGGGUGAUGGCAGUCCCUAUUACUCCAGGGCAGCACCAAAGAUGCAGUUCUCGGGACUUCGCCAGGACCUACCUCCCCAGGUACAUCUGCUUACACUGGCUCGCUGGGGACCAAAGAUGGUGCUGUUACGCUUGGAGCACCAGUUCGCUGUGAAAGAAGAUUCACGAGGCAACCUGAGCUCCCCUGUAACCUUGAACUUUCAGAACCUGUUCCAGGCCUUCACUAUCACUGACCUGCAGGAGACCACAUUGGCAGCCAACCAGCCCCUGUCCAGGGCUUCCAGGCUGAAGUGGAUAACAAAUACUGGUGAAGACCUGGCAGGAUUCCUGCCUGGGGCUGGCAGCUGAGGGUGGAGUGUGUGGGUUGUUGGCUAGGAGCCAAUGUAGAGCUUGAGGACAGGGCCUUA